UCCUGUUUCUUUGUAUUUCGCAGGGACUGGCAUAAAUUAACAUUUCCUAACUCUGUCCUUGGAAAAUCCAUGUCUGCUUUUCCAAAUGCCAUAGGAAAACUGCUUACGGAAAGCAGCCUCUUUGCUGGGUACCUGCAGGGAGCUGGGCUGCUUCUGUAGAGCUCCAGUAACAAAUUUGCUCAUGGCAACUUUAUUAUUUUUUAAUGCAGGGUGCUGGGCCUGUUAGUUUGCAGUAAUUCCUGCAGCUGGCAGCUGCAAUAAUGCAACAGAAGGUCACAUUUUAUGUUGAUUCAGCAUGGAUACAUAGCAAAUUGCUUUACUGGAUCUGUCUGUCCGAGCCCAUGGUAAAUUCUGCUCCUGGUGAGUCUGAGGAUUUGGCACUUUGGCAAAAAGCCACCCCGUCCCCUGCUCUGCUGAGCUGGCACAAAAAGCAGGAACUCGCAGGACCCCUGAAACAACUGCCUGCCUCCAGCGCCUGCAUGACCAUGGCCACUUGCUUUUCUCCCUUCCUAAAUGAACAGCUGUCUCCCUGACCUCUUCUUCUGUCCUCCUCUCAAUGGACUGUCAAUAAAAGGUGUGUGGCAAUAGGUGAAGCUGGGAAGACCCAGCACCCUUCUCUUGCUGCAUGGCUCAUCCCGCUCUUCCGGGGCACAUUGUUCCCCUCUCUUUGCCUUUCCUUAGCCUAUUUAGGUUGUGAGCUUUUAUUUUUAUCUUCUGCACAGCUUUUCCUGUUCAUGACAUUUAUAAGGUGGGGAGAUCUCGGCAAUCUCCCAUUUGCUUGAAAUACUUAUUCAGUCUCUGGCACUUACACCCUGGCUUGCUACAGAACUCUCCUGGAGCUUAUUAUAAAUAUUAAUGGCUUUACUUUCAUGAAAUCCCUAGGAGCUAAAGUGGUGUUUUCCACUUUAUGAUGUGAAAGAUCAUCGCUGGCUUCCUCUGGUGCUCUUGUGUCCAGCCUGCUCCCCCUGGGCAUGGUGCGGUGGGUGGGGGUGUGGGUGCACGGCGAGGCUGGGUGAGUGCUGCCCUUCGGGGGGCUCAGAGGAACAUCUUCAGGUGGCCAAGGAGAGCCCCUGUGUUCCCCCUCCGUCUCUGCAUGGGGAGGACAGGACUGGCAACACAUCCCAGUUGAGGCAGGAGGAGCAGGGGGACACAUGGUGGGGCAGCGCCCUGGAUGUGCUGGGCUGGGGGCUACCUUGCUCCAUCACUGCCCCAUGACAGCACCCAUGGUGGCAGUGGGGCGGGGGGACCCACUGGCUCCGAUGUCCCCUCUGAUGGUCGGGGGAUGCACUGUGCUGGCACAAGCAGCUCCUGUGUGUCCCUGGGUCCCGUGGUCCCCAGGCCAGGGAUGCUUUCAUUGUUAAACCUGUUCAGUGGUGUACACCUAGGUAAAAUGGACAAUCCUUGCUUUUCUCAACGUGGAAGAUUCACUUUAGGCUGAAAACCUCAUGCCGAAAGAAUUUUGGAUAUUUCUAGUUCCAUAUUAAUUGGUCUUCAUGUAAUCCGUCUUUCAUCUAAUGUAGCAGCUUUAUACACCAUGCAGUGUUGGCCUUCUCUUUCAGUUAAUGUUAUCUACAAACCAUUACUGGGUUUUUUGAAGUCUGCCUGAGUCCUGGAGGCCUUGGCAUGCCUCACAUCUAGCUGUUCUGAAGCUGUUUUCCACUAAACAGGACAGCAACUGUGACUGAGGGGUUCUUUUUCACUGAUGACUAAGGUCUGCUUGCAAGAGUAUGUACAUCAUGCAGAGAUGCCCAAUGGAGAAAGAACAGUGCAAUAAUGGGCUCAGAUAAUUAAGCCAAGUUUCAUAUUAAGUGUUUUUUAUCUUCCCCAGCAAGCCAACAAAAAAUGUCUCUUCUGAUGUCUGUCAGCCCCUUUCAAAGUCCAGGGAACGAGGGAGAGGCAGAAUGGCAGCAACAGCUCCAGCUUCAUUUUAAUGAAGAUUUCUCUGUUCCUGCAGUUGAAGUGAAAAUUGAAGUUGUGAUACCCGAGAAGGAGAGAAGCAAGGAGGAGAUGUCGCCCAACGGGAAAGCCAGCCCCCUGAUCUACAAAGUCAAUGGAACUGCCCGGCAUUAUCAUCUUGAAGAGCAUCCCAUUGCUAGCAAUCCCUACCACAACCCAAAGGAUGUGGUGGAAGCGUCUGUGUGCCAUGUGAAGGACCUGGAAAAUGGACAGAUGCGGGAAGUGGACCUGGGCUGUGGGAAGGCUCUGCUCAUCAAGGAGAGUGGUGAGUUCCACGCCGUGGGACACAAGUGUCCCCACUAUGGGGCUCCGUUGGUCAAAGGGGUUUUGUCCAAAGGAAGAGUCCGCUGUCCCUGGCAUGGAGCUUGCUUCAACAUCGGCACAGGUGACAUAGAGGACUUUCCUGGCUUGGACAGCUUACCCAGGUUCCAGGUGAAGAUUGAGAAGGAGAAGGUGUACAUCCGAGCAAGCAAGCAGGCUCUUCAGACACAGAGGAGGACAAAGAUGAUGGCAAAGUGCAUCUCCUUGAGUAACUAUAACCUGAGCAGUACCAACGUGCUGAUCAUCGGUGCAGGGGCAGCUGGACUGGUGUGUGCAGAGACCUUGCGCCAGGAGGGUUUCUCGGACAGGAUUGUGAUGUGCACGAUGGACAGACACUUGCCCUAUGACAGACCAAAGCUCAGUAAGUCAAUGGAUUCCCACCCAGAGCAGAUCACCCUGCGCCCCAAGGAGUUCUUCCGAACCUAUGACAUCGAAGUCUUAACUGAAAUGCAGGUUGCGGCUGUGGAUAUCAAGAACAAGACAGCUGUGUUCAAGGAUGGAUUUAAGAUGGAAUACAACAAGUUGCUGAUAGCGACUGGGAACACGCCCAAAGCUCUCAGCUGCAAAGGCAAGGAGGUAGAAAAUGUUUUCAACAUCCGAACACCUGAAGAUGCCAACCGUGUCGUGAAGCUGGCCACGAGCAAGAAUGUGGUUAUCGUGGGAGCAUCCUUCCUGGGGAUGGAGGUGGCUGCCUACCUCGCGGAGAGGGCCCACUCAGUGUCCCUGGUGGAGCUGGAGGAAGUCCCCUUCAAGAAGUUCUUUGGGGAGAGGGUUGGCCGCGCUGUCAUGAAGAUGUUCGAGAGCAACAGGGUGAAGUUCUACAUGCAGACAGAGGUGUCGGAGCUGCGGGAGCAGGAGGGCAAGCUGAAGGAGGUGGUGCUGAAGAGCGGGAAGGUCCUGCGGGCCGACGUGUGUGUCGUGGGUGUCGGUGCAGUCCCAGCAACAGGCUUUCUCAAGCAGAGUGGCAUCAACAUUGACUCCAAAGGCUUCAUUGUGGUCAACAAGAUGAUGCAAACCAAUGUCCCCGGAGUCUUUGCGGCUGGUGAUGCUGUCACGUUCCCGCUGGCCUUGAGGAAUAACAAGAAAGUGAAUGUCCCGCACUGGCAGAUGGCCCAUAUGCACGGCCGUAUAGCUGCGCUCAACAUGCUGGCCCACGGCAUGGAGAUCAGCACAGUCCCGUAUUUGUGGACCGCUAUGUUCGGGAAGAGCAUCCGAUAUGCAGGCCAUGGGGAAGGAUUCGACGAUGUUGUCAUUCAGGGAGAUUUAGAUGAAUUGAAGUUUGUUGCAUUUUAUACCAAGAGAGGCUCCUGGAGAUGGUGUCUGGGUACCAGGAUGGCAUCCCGCGCUGAGAGCCAGAGGAGCGAUGAGGUGGUGGCUGUGGCCAGCAUGAACUACGACCCUAUUGUAUCCAAGGUGGCUGAGGUUCUGGCUGCUGGCAGGAGCAUCCGAAAGCGUGAUGUGGAGCUGUUUGUCCGUCAUGGCAAAACUGGAGAUAUGUCCUGGCUAACUGGGAAAGGCUCCUAACGCCGCUGGUGGCUGCACCCUCCUGAUGCUGCACUUGCCGUGGGGAGACAGGAUGGCAGCUCCACGGACAAGCAGGACCACAGCUGAGCCAUUUCCCUUUGAGACUUGGAUGAACCCAGUGCCUGUCACUGCACACUUACCUUCCCGGCAGACUGCCAACAGCUCCUCUGCCCCAGUGCCUGCUGGGCUGGGGCUCUGCUGUUGCAAUUCCUGUAGGAUGCUGGAAAAGCAGCCCCCAUAGAGAGUGGGGUUUGGCACUGGCAGCGGCCGCAGGUGCCACGUGGCUGCAGAUGCUGCUGAUGGGCUGGGGGGGCCCCAGGCGGGUCUGCCCCAAGCACGUCCCUUGCCCCUGUAAACAGCAUGAGUGCCUUUUGUUGCUCCCUAUGCUUUCAAGCAUGUUGCCUCUUCCCAAAUCCUUUUUGCUUCUGGCAGACCUCUGAUGCACAUCCCUGUGGAGCCUGACAUCUGCUCCCUCUCCGCAUGGCUGCAGCACUUGCCACAUCUCUCCCUGUGCCCACCCACCCCAGGGAGCACCUGGGGGGGGCAGGGAGACAGGGUCAUGCCGGAUGGUCUCUGUACAGCCUGUAUUUGUGUUUUGCAUUCUCCUUUCUCCAGGCUGGUUGCCCCAUCCAGCCCCCCUCAGUAGAGGUGGGUCUCUGCCCAAGCCGAGGGCUCUGGAGCUCAUCGGUCCCCAUCCCAGCACCCAGAGCGUCUCCCCAUCCCGGAGCAGAGAAGGGGCUGGAGUGCUGCUCCCCAUCCCCUGGGGCUUGGUUUGGGUUUGGGUACUGGCAGCUCUCAAUCCUGGGGUGCAGAGCAGAGGCUCCCUGGAGAGAUGCAACAGCCAGACUGCAGCCCUGGGCUUGGUCCGUCCAGUCAGCCUUGUGAUGUCUUUUUCCUUAAUGAUUAUUGUGGCAUUAGUGCUGCUGCUGACGCAUUUCUCAAGAAAAAGUAGCCAGAGGAGUAUUUCUGGCUGUCCUCCAGCCUUCAACACUCAUUCCUCCUGUCACCUAGUGACAAGGCUAUGUUUCUCAUCUUCAGGUGUCAUGUUUUUUGCCCCUUGCUGGAAGAAGAGCUUUAUACACCUCAGAAGUGGACAGGGCCAGUCCACAGCCCUGUGUCCAUCAGCCCAGCAGAGCUGGAAGGCAAGAAGCCCCCUUGGAGAGCCUCCAGCGCUCUGUCCUGGGGGAGGUUUCUUCCCCAGCAGUCAAUGUAUUACCAUGAGUCCAAAGCAAGAGGAUUUAUAUUUUUUAUUUGAUUCACUCCCUCUAUGAAUUAAAGCAGUAAUAUUCUUGGAUCUGGGCCAUCUCUGAUUCCUUCCAAGGCGUUGGGUCAUCUCUGCAGGUCAGCCGGAUGAUGCAAGCACCUCUUCUGUGCAGGCUUCCUACUUGUGUCCAGCUCACCUGUAUUCCGCAUUUUCUGAUCUUUGCUGGGUAGAAAUGACACCAGUUGUCUGUCACAUCUUUGGUUGGUCUCUUAUGGUUUCACUGCAAGGUUUUUCCCAGGCAGCAUGACCAGAGGGGAUGGUAGGCAGGGAUGUGCAUGCUUCAGCACGCAGCAAUGAAGAGGGGCCUCUCCUUGAGCCAUUACAUCUAUCUGCCAGAUCCACAAAGGGAUGUGAACUUGCAAGUCUCAUCUUAGGUCCCAAAAGGCAAACAUUUAUGUCCCUGUCCCCAGUGCAGUGUGGGUGAGGGCUUUCUCCGUGGGCAGGGGUGGCUGGGGCUGCUCAGCUCCUGGUGGCCCAGGCAGGGCUCUUGCUGUGCACACUGGCCAGGGAGAUGUGGCUUUGCAUCCCGUGUCUUGCUGGUGGGAUGGUUGGAUUUUGCUUUGGCAGAUUCUGCGGGCACCAGGCUGGGGAUGCUGGGGCAUCACAUAGUGGCAUUCCCUGGAGCUCUGUGGUUUUCACCCUGGGAUCUCCAGCACAUCUUCUAUGCUGUGUGAGACUGGCAGCACUUGUGCCACACCUGCUCCCCUAGCACAGCUUGGCUGAGCUUUUCCGAGGCCUUUGUCUCUCUGCUGACCUGAAGUCUUGGCACUUUCUGGAGUCCUGGGCACACCAGCAGGGUGCUUCCAUUUUUCAGGAAGAUGCCCUUUGAGUCCUUUGCCUCGGCUGGGACCUCACCCAGUGUCAGCCAUGAGCUGUGCACAGCAAGCAUCACCCCCAUGUUCUUGGGGCUGAAGGCCGUGCAGGGGCUGAGGAAGGAUCUUCUGCCCUAGCUUACAGCUGAAGUGUGGGGAACAAGUUGCAUUCCCCCUUUUUACAGAGAAGCUGUUUCAGCCAGGGCUGGGAAUGUCACCUCAUGACAUGAGAAACCCCAGGCACCACUGUGGCUUUCCUUAGGACAUGUGCCGGGUCACGGGCAGGAUUGCCAACAGAGCUGGGCAUCCUGACGCUGACCUGCAGGCAUUGCUCCUCCACAUGGAUGUGGGCACUUCUUGCAACCUCCCAUGCCAGGACAGAAAGUUUCCAGCUCUUAAGAAACCACCUGUUCUCAUUGGGAGUGGGCACCAUCAGCUAAGCCCAGCUGGCAUACAUGCACCUUGUUAGUGAUCACUGGCUGCAUUGCCCCAUCACAUUUAGAUUCACCAGAUUGCCCAGAUAUCUUCUAGGUUGCUUACCUGGGUUACCCACGCAGACUUGAUGACCCCAGACCCCGAGCUCUCCACUGCCUCCUGCUCCUUGGAUGCUGGGCUUUGCGUAUUGCCCUGCCCCCAUCUCACCUUGUGUGCUGGCAGGACCCAGGGAGCUGUGUGUUGAGCACAGCACACCUCCCCUUCCCACACACCUCAGAACCCAUCUGGACAGCUUGUGGCAUCACACCAGGUGACAGGUUUAUUUUCAGUUUCUUCACGCCGUAAGCCUUUGUUUAAAAAAAUCAGUGCUCCUUCACAAGUUGCUUGGAUGAACAUUGCCUCUUCAUGUACUGGCAUUUACUCCUCGCUUUGCUCUUUUUUAUAGCCCCCAAGGAUGUGGUGGCAACACAAAUAGCUUCAACAUCUUCCUUUCCUGCAGUGGCACGCUUGUCCCCCUGUCCCUUGGGCUGGCUGCCCUUGUCUCGGCUAGAGCUGGUCUGAGCUGAAUGGUGGUGGCCAGCCAUCUCCAGGCAAGCCUUCCCAGUGUCACUUCUGAGGCUGGGAGGUGUUCAGUGUUACAGGUGUUUACCGAUAAACACCCUCCCUGAUCAGCAGUGGAGACUCUUCUCACCGGUGGCAUCUUCAGGUGACUUGUCCAGUCAUGGCCAAAGAGACCAGAAGGACUUGAUGAGCCUUUCUGCUCGUCCAUCGUCCUCCCUUAGCUCGCUUAACUAAACCAUCUUCUUUCUCUUGUUCAUAUAAUUUUAAGCAUCUUUGUCCUAUAUCACAAGCAGAGCAGCACCUUUUCAAAGACCUGUUCUUACCCUUUUCCAAAGGCAAGACAAAAGGAUCACCAGGAGGUAAAUUUAUACCACACUCUUUUUGCCAUUCAGGCUGGUUCUUUGAAGUGAAAAACAUAUCGGUGUAUAAAACUUUGUCCCAUUACUUUUCCCCCCUUAAAAUCAACAUCAGCUGUAACACUGCAUUAUAAUUCAAAGUGCCAUUCAUUGGCCAUUUUUCCUCAUCAUCCAGUUUAUACAAACGGCCACCACUGAUUACAGUAUUUAACUACGUUGCUUUUAGUUACGUUUCCCACAGAACCAGUCCCUGUUUGUUUCCAGUGUCCCAAAAACACAUCCCAACAAGAGAUUUCUCUGAAAUGCCCCUCCACUUAGACUGACUAGUGCCUGUUUUCUUUUAGUGCGCCUAAGAUUUUGUAACAAUCUACAUGUAUAUAAACAUGUUCAGAAGUUCAGAGUGCACUAUACCAGAUAGAAAUCUAUAUCUAUAUCUAUACUUGAGUAUGUCAGGCGGAAAUUUUACCAGAUUGUUUCCAGGAGAGCCCUCCGUAACCCAGGCUGGUGGGGCUUUUGCCUGGACUUACGGGCAGGUUUCCUAGAGCCAAAAGGAUGCCUUACAUCUGACCAGGGGAGCUUUACUUUGGAGCCUUUGGUCUGGGGAUCAGAGGUCUUCCCCAAGAAUCCCUCAGUGCUGGCUGGAAUUCCUGCAAUCCCACAGAUCCACUGACACUCAAUAGCAGUGUCCCAUCUGGGUUGCCAGAAAACAACACCGUAAAGUUGGUCACGGAGAAAAACCCUCUAAGACUUGCUUGGAAGUUUCAGAAGGCCGGCAUUCUUUAUGGCAGUGCUGGGGGCACGGGGGAAUGUUUCCU